AUGGGUAAAUUAUUGAGAUUUGCGAUACUUUUGUUAAUAGCAGACAGCACUAUGGUCAAUUUUAGGGUGCUAGCGAGAGCCAUGUCGUCCGUCGCUAAGGCUUUCGAGGCGAAUGCUGUGGUCCCGGAUGUUGUACCGAAGGCACCGGAAGCUGAGGUCACGGUUAAAUACGUCAGCGGUGUCGAAGUUAAUUUUGGCAACGAGUUGACUCCGACCCAAGUGAAGGAUGUACCGAACGUGAAGUGGAACGCUGUACCCGACACUUACUACACAUUGGCUAUGACUGACCCAGACGCACCAUCUCGCGCUGAGCCCCAGUUCCGUGAGUGGCAUCACUGGUUAGUAGGGAACAUCCUCGGUGGAGACAUCUCCUCCGGCGAGGUCCUAUCUGCCUACGUCGGUUCUGGCCCACCGCCAGAAACUGGUCUCCACAGAUACGUGUUCCUCGUGUACAAACAACCAGGCAAACUGAGCUUCGAUGAACCAAGGCUUCCUAACACAUCUGGCGACAAACGCGGUGGAUUCUCCAUUGCCAAGUUUGCUAAGAAGUACAAUCUCGGUGACCCAAUUGCUGGAAACUUCUAUCAAGCCAAAUAUGAUGAUUAUGUUCCCUUACUGUACAAACAGUUGGGUAACUGA